UCUAGCAUCAAUACCUGCCAAAACACCACUCGUAGAAAAUGGGUUUAUGGUGAAACCCUUCUGCCAAAAACACACAAGAGACACUUCUGUCACACCUGUCACUUCAGUUUCUGCAUUUGUCAAGAAAUAAUCAGCAUGUUUCACACUGACUGACACCGACUACAGGUGUCAGUCAAUCCACAAAUUCGCCUCUGAAUAUUUCGUGAUUUUGCGUUCCAUAUUCGCUUCGGCCCUGGUGUGUAAGGACCUUAAUAAGAAACCAAGGAGGACCACAACAUAACGCAUGCUUUUCAAAAAUAAACUAUUUUUCUAAAUAAAGGACAUGUCAAACAUCAGAUAAGCAUGAAAUAUUUACUUUUUUGAACAGCUGUUUGCGACCCACCCAGAACGUGUCCGCGACCCACUUUUGGGUCGGGACCCACCAGUUGAGAACCACUGCCCUAGAUCAUGAGAAUUUCUAUUUAAUUGUUAAAGAGAGUAACUUUCAAUCGGCUAAUAAAUAAUUGUAAAUGCCCAUUUGUUCGCUUCACACAUUUUUAAUAAUGUAUUUUAAUGACUGAGAGUUUAUGUACAAAUAUGUUUUCAAGACGCCUCAGUUUCUGUUUCAAGGUCCGUCCCACUUCCUGUUGAAGUUUUUAGUUUCGUUUUCUCACGUUACGGCUCUCCACAUCGUGUUUAAGUUGAGGUAAGUGAGACUUUAAAGAGUUUUAAAAGCCGACCGGCUCGAUUCUUAAAAGUGUAAAACAGCCGUGAGCCAACAGUCGGUCCCCGGGUUCAUUCGCUGAUACUGUGUGACUCCAUGAGAACCACAUGUUCAGUAUUAUCAUGCUAACAGUGCUAAUACUAAAAUAACACUCGACGAUAACACACUUCCAACUACAGUCUCGGUUAUUCAGCAAGUUCUCAGUGGAAAUACACGGUUACAGUCUAAAUCUGUAGACAGGUAAAUCGCUGUGAAUUUGUAUUGACGUUUACAGAACAGCUGGUCGCAGGGCCGCGCCAGGGCCGCUGUUUACUCUGACAGAAACUCUAUCAAAGAGGCGUAAAAGAAGGAAUGAGGCGUCUUACCAAUAUUUGAAUUGCGUUUCACGAGGCAGUAAAGUUAUCCCACAGCCAAACAUGGUUCACAUUAAGCUGGGGUAAGAAGUGUGGAGGUAUUUUUCUGAUUCACGUACACAACUUUUCUAGUUUGAUUGACCCACAUGCAGCUCUGUUUUCAAGGACAUUAUAGGCCUACUUCCGGACGAUGUCGUUCCCAGUCCGUUAUAGGAAAUCUGGAUGAUCGAGAUGGAUUAUCUUAUUAUCUGAGUAUGUUGAUGAGAGAAAGGGAUUGUCGGUGGAAGCUUCUUAACUGGACAGAGAGCGAGAGAGGUGUUGUCUCGUAGAGAUGUAUGUCAAGGCCCUCAGUUUACCAUGGAUCCAUCUGUUUUUGAGUUAAAAUUGUACACAUGGCAUAGACCAGUGGUUCUCAACUGGUGGGUCCGGACCCAAAAGUGGGUCGCGGACACGUUCUGGAUGGGUUACGAACAGCUGGUCAAAAAAGUGAUUAUUUAAUGCGGUUUUUAUUAGAUAUUUGAUAUUUUCUGUAUACGGAACUUCAGUAGUUGCCGUCCUCAUGUUGUCCCCUUUAUGUGCCCCAAAAUGCACUUUACUCAAUAAAACAAGUGGAUUUAUGUUAAAGAUUAGAGUCUUUAAAGGUUUUUUUUUAUUUAAAAAAAAAAUGAAUUAGUUUGGUUUGAAUUCUAUAAAAGUGGGUCACGACUUCAGGACCAUGGGAAAAUGUGGGUCCCAGAAGUUGAGAACCACUUGCAUAGACUGUAUAUAGAAUGGACGUCUUCUGCCUUGUCGCUGGGUGAACCCUCCAUGAGAACAGCACCCUUUUGUGACUGGCUGGAGUAUAGUUCAUUAACCCCUCCUCCAGCAAAACAGAGACAGUUGUGGACAAACUUUAGAAAAUAAUUACACAGAAUAUACAUCUAAAUGUAGCCUAGAUGACUGGUCUAAAAUCAGAAUACCACAGGUCUAAAAAUGAGAGUUUAGACUAAAUCUAAUUCUGGGCUUUAUCCAUACUACACUCGUUAUUGCUCACUGGCUAUGAUAAUUAUUUUGGUUAUGUACUUGGAGAUCAGUUAUGCAGCUCACAGUUGCUUUUUGAAAUAGUUAUUGAAUAAAUUCCGUCUCAACAUGUACAGAAUCUAGAUGUUUGAAAUUAGGUCUAAAAAAAACUAGAAGUCCAACAGCUGUCUAUUGCUCAGUGGGAUACAGCCAAUGAGUGUAAAAAAAGUAGCUUUGAACAUUUGGGGAUGCGCUCUAACUAGUAGGGGUGUGUCCAGAUCCUUUAGACUGGGGUGUCCAAACCUCAGCACUGACACAGUUGGGGUGGCAUGAAGAAUGUGAGCCCACGUAACAAUAAAUACCAUUUUGAAUGAAUCUGUGAUGUAAAAUGUAUAGUUAAUUUUACAAUGUCUCUGACAAAAAAGUAGCCAAAGAAGAGGAUGUUUACGUUUACACAGUGCUCAGUUGUUUUAAAGGGUCUUGCCCUUCACAAGUAUCCUAUGUUACAAAACAAACAAAAAAAAAAAAAACAAUCAGAAGUAAAUUUAAACAAAGUAUUAUCUAAAUAAAAAAUCCAGCCGUAGAAACUUAUGAAACUGAACUGAAAUGCAAAAUGUUGUGUUGAUAUCAGUGUUUGUGGUGUGUUCAAAUGCACCUGGUCCAUCCAGAAAGCUUUUGUUUUCUUAUCAGAUGUACAGUAGAUCAUUUAUUUCAUAAACACACAUAAGAACAGAGAGUUAAGAACUUUUCUACAUAUAUUACACUAACAUGACACAGAAAGUGUUGAUGAACAUUAUUUGAUAAUGAAUUGUCCCAGCCAUUGUUUAAAAUUGUGGGAGAUUUUUCCUUUUUAAUUACUUUUAAAAAUAUGCCGAACACAAAACUUUGCUAUACUGAUUUAGGAUAUUUAAAAAAAAUUAAAGUUGUUAUGAGCAAAUUUCAAUGUCUUUUUGUUCCUCCUCAGCUGAAACCUUAAAGUCUCUGUGACUGGAUGUAACUCCAGCUGAGGUCUGCAGGGAGUUGUCUUCUGUAAACCAGAGUGAAGACACGGAGGAGGGGGCCCGCCCCGUAAAAUCUCCAAGCUGGUGGACCAUAAAGCCCUGAGGUCAGGUAAGGAUCUCUGACACCCCAUUCCCAACAUAGUAAUAACUUUUCAAUAUUAAGAUGAAUUAAAAUGUAUGAAAUUAUUACCUGUUUUCUCGAACAUCGUUGCCAUUUAUAGCAAGCCUGACCAACGUAUGGUAGGUUUACAAAACAAAAAGUGACACUUGGAUCGUGUAUCUCUACAUUGUUUGUGCUUGAAAAUGGCAGGCAAGUAAAGAUUUUGGGGAUUUACUUCAUUCUGACACCAAGUUUGGCCGGGUUUCUUUCAAAGUCCAUCCAUAUAGAGCAGCUUUAAAAAGCCUUGAGUGCCUGAUAUGUUUUACCACCAUCAAACACAGAAACACUAACCCUACAACCCAACAAAUCAGAUUCAAAACCUAAAAAAAUAAAAUUGGUCAUAAAUAUGACACAGGAAGAGAGAGAGAGAGAGAGACGCCAUUUUUGUGUCUUUUACUUAUGCAGGGCUGCUGUCUUAACACUUAAUGUUUGUUAGAGUUAUUAUUUAAUUCAUAUUUUAUACUGUAAAAAUUAUUUAAGUAACAGAGGAAAAUGGUUUUAUUGAUUUCCAUCUGAAAAGGCAGUAGAAGCUGCUUACAAUCCCUAAUAACGUUGUGUGUGUGUUUCAGGAUGAGGAGCAAAAGAAGACAGAAGUCUUCUGAGCCCAGCUGUUUGUCCAUAAAGAGUGACAAGUCCAAAGAAUUUGGUAUAACCUUUCAAGGUGAAAAUCCUGCUGAAGAAGGGUGAGUACUGAAAACUACAAGUCCUCCAGCAGUAUCACAGCACCCUAAAGCAGAUGAGGGUAGGGAUAUUCCCACAUUCAAUAUUUCAAUUCACACCAAGCGUGAGUAAAAUCAUUUGUGUGAGUAAAUUACACGUUAACCUUAAUGCAAAGACACAUAUUAUACUCAGAUGAUGGAAAUCAAGACUUGUGAAUUCAACUUUCACCAAACUGAGACAAAUGCUCAGGAUCGCUAAAAAGAGCCAGAAUCCCCAUCACGUUGGUGGUCCCAUCUAUAACACAAAAAUCAAAUCCCAUGACAUCUGUUUUGCCUUCCUGUCUAUUAAACCGUAUUAUUAAUAAAACAGAAAUAUAUACCUUGAAUACAUACGUGUAACAGCUCCACUGCUGAUGAACUGCUUCCUGUCCCUAAUUAUGUUGUUUGUUUGUUUUAGGGUGACAAGUAAGAGAAGACAGAAGUCUCCUGUGCCCAGCUGUUUGUCCAUAAAGAGUGACCAGUCCAAAGACUUUGGUAUAACCUUUAAUGGUGAAAAUCCUGCCGAUGGAGGGUGAGUACUGAAAACUAAAAGUUCUUUGUUUUUUCCAGCAGUAACUAGUGUCAUGGUACCCUGAAGUAGAUGACGGUGGGGAUAUUCCCACAGUCAAUAUUUCAGUUCACACCAAGCGUAAAAUAAUUAGCAUGAGUAAAUUACAUGUAAAAUCAAUGCAAAGACGUGAUUAGACACACAUUCUACUCAGAUGAUGGGAAUCACCCCUUGUGAAUUCAACAAAAUAAGCAGCUUUCACCAAACUGAGACAAAUGCUCAGGAUCGCUGAAAAGAGCCAGAAUUCCCAUCACGUUGGUGGUCCCAUCUAUAACGCAAAAAUCAAAUCCCAUGACAUCUAUUUUGCCUUCCUGUCUAUUAAACCGUAUUAUUAAUAAAACAGAAAUAUAUACCUUGAAUACAUACGUGUGCAGCUCCACUGCUGCUUCACUGCUUACUGUCCCUUAUAAUGUUGUUUGUUUGUUUUAGGGUGACAAGUAAGAGAAGACAGAAGUCUCCUGGGCCCAGCUGUUUGUCCAUAAAGAGUGACCAGUCCAAAGACUUUGGUAUAACCUUUCAUGGUGAAAAUCCUGCCGAUGGAGGGUGAGGAUUAAAAAAUCUUUAACUUCUUAUUAUACUGUAUGUAUCAAAGUUUUUUACAAACCUAGGACAACUGUUGACAUACUGUUAAAGGCAAAAUGAGAUGAAUUUUAAUAUAACCUGGAAGUAAUUAUAAUAAUACGUUGAGUUAUUUGCUGGAGUUUUAACUAUAGUAGCGGUGACAGUGCAUGAGCAUGACAAAGAAAUAUGCUGCAUGCAGGGUGAAGCAUGACUCAGCAUCUUCAUGUACAUUCAUGAGGACAUGUGGACUUGUUUAAAGGUUCCUGGGGGAGCAACGGUUGUAAAAUCACUUCUCAUUAUUCAGUUGUCCUAUACCUGUGCUCUCUCUUCACUCUCUAUGUCGAUCAACCAUGAUAUGAAUAGAUAUGAAUAGAUAUGAAUGAAGUAAGAUGGCUCACUUGCUAUUUUCAGGCACACUGAAAGUUCUAUUCAGUAAUUUUUCCAUAUGUUGGAUUCACAUAUGCUGGUCUUGUUGGGUCAUGUGUUCAUGUUUUUAACCCUUUCAUACAUUUGCUUAUUUUUCACACAUAUGUGGAUCAGUUGUAAUGUGAGUAUGCGGUUGUAAACCUUUGUACACAUUUACAAAUUGUUUUGCUACAUUUAAUUGCUUCAUAACACAGAAGCAAAACCCAGGCUUUUCUCGCACUCACUGUGACAUUUAUAAUGUUGUUUGUUUGUUUGAUUCAGGAUGAGGAGCAAGAGAAGACAGAAGUCUCCUGGGCCCAGCUGUUUGUCCACUAAGAGUGACCAGUCCAAAGGAUCUGGUUUAAACUUUCAAGGGGAAAAUCCUGCUGAUGGACGGUGAGGAUUAAAAAAACUUUACCAUUUCAUUAUAUGUGUCAAAGUUUUUUACAAACACAAUCAGACCCUUUCCUUGUCUCAGCUAUCUUGAUAAAAUCCAUCAAAAGAUACAAACCAUGGUCCGAGUGCAAACAGCAGUAACCCAAAGUGGUGUAAGUCUCAAGUCUUCACCCCAGAGUUGAGUUUCAGGCUGAGGUCACUGAAGCUGUAGAGGACAAGUCUCUGUAACCCGUUCAUUACUUAAGGUAGUUUGAGAAUUUACAGUUAUUCACGCUCCUAUUUUAUGUCAGAUUUGGGUUGAAAUUAGUUGAGUUGAGUGAAAUUAGAUGGUUCCUGUCAGCGAGGAAUUUAUUCAUUUUGGGGCCUUCAUAUAUAGUUGACCUUAAUGGUUUAUAAGAUGCAUGCAUUCAUUUUAAAAAAAAAUAAUAUAUAAAUAAAAUAGCAUAGGGAUACCAGUGAAGGUUACAUUAAAUAAAUCCAAAGACAUAAACAGACAUGUUUUAAAUCAGCUACUAGUAAGAAUUUUGGGCUUUGUAUUUGGGGUGAGUUAACUGUUGUGAAACCUCAGCCUUGCCUCUAAAAAGUAAGUAUUUUGUCUGUCAGUUUUGACUGCGACAGUCUUGUUGAAAUAGUUUCUUGUUUUUCUCUACUUUGAUUAAUCUGCUCUUCAGAAUCAAGCGGAAGAGAUCUGGGUCAUCUGGACCUAGCUGUGUGUCCUUACAGAGUGACCAAUCCAAAGAAUUUGGUAUUAACUUUGAAGCUGGACGUCCUGCUGAUGGAAGGUGAGAAUUAAAGACUAAUUUUUAUCAUGCCCUGCUCCAGGAAAAUACUCCUUUGACUUGGCCUUUAUGACUUGAGACUUGACUUGGACUUGACUCAGAUGACUCAAAAGGACUACUUUUUUAGUUUACAUAAUUUCAUGAGAACUAAUCUAACCUGGCAGAGGAUGACAUGUCUUGACUCUAGUUGCAGAUUUGAGGACUUGAGAGUUACUUGAUGAACACUGAUAAAAGACUUGACUUAAACUUGACACAUAUGACUCGAAAGGACUUUACUUUUUAAUUUAAACACUUGCAUUUUAUUAAGAUUAUGUUAGAAAUUUGUUUUAUUUUGAAACAUGAUCAGGCGCUGCACAAACUGACAGUGGUCUGCAGAUCAACACAGGAGCUGCAGUCAUGGAGGUGGCUAGAUGUACUAAAUAUAAUUUAAAAAAUAUAUACUUCAUAUAUACUUCAUUUUCUUGUACAGAGGGCAUCAAGAUGUGAAAUUUGUGGAACAACACCAAAUAUUUUAACCCUGGUCUUUAAUGAAAACCUAUAGACAGUGUAGUUUAUUCCAAUAUCCAAUCUGAGGAUUUAGAGGAAGCAUUGAAGUAAAAAAAUAAUCUGAGGUGAUACCUCAUCCCUGAACAGGCAUUUUUCUGUGAGUUUGGGCUGUGACAGACUUGUUGAAAUGGGUUCUUGUUCUGUUUACUUUCAUUAAUCUGCUCUUUGUGUCAGAAUUAAGCGGAAGAGAUCGGAGUCAACUGGACCGAGCUGUCUGUCAAUGCAGAGUGACCAAUCCAAAGAAUUUGGUAUUAACUUUGAAGCCGGUCGUCCUGCUGAUGAGAGGUGAGAUUUAAAGACUCAUUUUUAUCCUACCACUCUCCUAGGAAAAUACUCAUGUCCAACCCCGGAUCUCUCAGAUUGGAGAUGAAAAGUAUUUGAUCGAGUUGUUCUUUGACGUGUGUGUGUGUGUUGUGCAAAGGCAUUAAAAAAAUCAAAACGUAUAACUUUUUGAUUGGUUUUCAUCUUUAAAAAUGUAUGGCUGAAUUAAGUAAUUACUGUGUUGUUGUCCUUGUAUGCCUGUAUGCUAGCAAGGUAGUGAGAAUGUUUGUGUGCCUUAUAUACCAAUAUAAAAUAUCAUCAGUCCACUAUUAAUUUUUGGCAAUUCCCUGCUUCUCAAACUUUUUAAGAGCUGUGUAAGGGGAAGGGAUUCGCACAUGUUCUGCCUUAAAGAAAGACAAGGAGGGAACACUAUGCGUUGUGAAAGACAAAAUGAGUGCCACACAUUAGCUGGGUGUUUGAUUGUCAUAUUUUUAUGAUUGUGGGGAGCCAUUAUCCCAAUUAGGGCCUGAUUACCAAAUUGAUGAAAGGACUUGUGAUUCUUAUAAUUCCUAAGAUUAGCCUUACGAUUAUUUUAUGUGUUUCCUUGGAUAUUUAAGGCUCUAAACAUGCCCAGAAACUCAUGAAACCUUGCUUAUAUGCCAGGUCCAGCAAAAAAAAAAAUAAUACUUUGAAAGUUUUACUAGUUUUAGGGACCUUUUCGGGGCUUCUUAAAACAUUAUCUCUCCCCAAAAGGCCUCUCCAAUCAACAAUCAAAGUGAGGUUUUUCAGGCAGAGGAGAGAAAAGUUAUUAAAGCUUGAGUUGUCUUGCUCACGAUGGGGUUUUUUUUGUUCUUUUUUCCCUUUAAUGCAGAUGCUCUGACGUAAUGUUAAACUGUUGUACUUUUCUGUACUGUCUGCAGAAAUCCAAUAAAGAAAAUGGGGGAAAAAAAACUUGAGUUGUUGUCAAACGGUGAGGCCACAACCAGUCCUCAAGGUUAGGUGUUCUGCUGUAAAACAGGAAGAGGUUCUUAAGUGCCAUCCUGGUCUGAACAUUGAUAUAGUAAAAUUUUAUCUCAGUCCUAGUGCCCCCAUGUGGCAACAAGAAAUAUUGCCAAGGUAUCCUUAGGAUGUACAUCUUGUAAAAUGUAGAUCUUGAUUGUAGUUUUUGUCUGAGGGCAAAAUCAGCACCAUGCAGUGAAGUUCAAUCCUAGAAACAUCCUAGAAAAACAGUCAGAAAAACAAACCACAGAGUUAAAGUUGUGCUCAUUAUUUUGUUGUCAGUAUUCAUGUCAAACAUUAUUUUGGUCCUCCUCAUCUUAUUGAACUCCUAAGUCUGCCGUUCUUCAGGUCCAAUCAGCGCAAACAUGAUCAGCAGAGAGUCAGAGAUUGAUGAUGUUGGCAAAGUAACGCUUUUAAACCACCGUCUUGCAUAGCCUUUGUUGUUAUGUCAGUAAACUGUGUCAUUUCCACAGUGUUCAGCAGAGUCCAGAGGUUCUUUGUGAUCAGUCAGACCAGCUGCAUCAAACAGACCUGGACUCCAUAUUUGAGGUGAGUACAACGUAAUUCAUGAUGAACUAAAUGAACUAGGGUUUUGAUCAUUUUGUUUUCAUUAGAUGACCUUUGAAAUGGCUGAUGAAUCGCAUGUUGUGUUUUCUGUUUUUGCUCCAGGCGCUGGAGGAGGACAUCGUUACUUUUGCGAAGAAGGAGCUGAAGAGAGUCCGGAGGGUUCUGAGUCCGAAUGACCCAGCAUGCUCAAAGAAUGAGAGUGAGGAUGAGGAGCUUUUGGAUGGUGAGGAUGAAGAGCAGAGAAAGAGCCGAGAUGCUUUUCUGAAGAUCGCUCUGCACUUCCUGAAAAGAAGAAAGCAGGAGGACCUGGUUGACUGUCUCCAGAGCAGUAAGAGGAUUUUAAGAGAUUUAAUAUGAUCUGGCAUAGAAAUAGAAAUUGUUGUAUGUUUUAUAUUUAUUAAGACAAUAUCUUAAUAGUUAUGAAUGAGAUUUUCAGUAAAUUUUGCCACAUCUCACCUAUUUCAUUAAUAUCUUAAAAUGUCCCUCUCUCUCAGCUACCUUUUGUGCUUUUUAAUCAACCUUGGGAAGAUCUCGUAUAUUAAACCCUCUGACGGAUGCAAAAAGUAUGCUUUUUGCGAGGACAGAGCUGAAUAGACACAUAUUUCAGAUUUGAGAUGAUCAGUUGUUGUUGUUCUGUGUCUCUGCUGUGCUCAACACCUUUUAGCCAGUUGGUUCGCAUUGAAAUAUGCUUUAAGCUUAAAACACACUGACCCCAUUCCUAAUGCUUACAGUCAUUCUCAAAGUAAUAGGGAUAUUCUGGCAUAAAAUUAAGUUAGGGUCAAACACACUGUAAAACCAAGUUAGACACCCCCUCGAAAGAUGAAUGUUGCCGACCGCUUGCUUCUCUAGUUAUACCAACGACCGCACGAUAGCAAUACAGAAGGCCACAUGCUCAACCAAACGCCAUUCUAUAGCCACAAAUGAUGCUCAGAACAGCACCUAACUUCAUCAACAGUACAUAAAGGAUCCUAGCCAUAGCACUAGCCACCAAACAUCUUUUUAACUUUGCCUGAUUUCUUUAGCAGAGAGACUAAACACAACUCACCUACUCUCUUCCAGCAGCUGCUUGUUUGUACAGAGACCUCGGGCGAGUCCAUGCAGCAGGACUGCAGCGGGGUGGUGCAACUCAAGGAAGAACAUUUAUGAUCAUUUCUUUAUCAUUUCAUUGAAGUAAUAAUCAUCAUAUUAAUCAUUUUGCACUGCAGACGCGGUAGUUCUUCUGCCUUAGCGUCUCAGUCUGAUUACAUUUCCACGAGGAAAUGAUCAUAAAUGUUCUUCCUUGAGCUGCGUCACCCCACUGUAGUCGAUGGACUUGCCAGGAGGUCUCUGUACAAACAAGCAGCUGCUGGAAGAAACAUGGUAAGUUGUGUUUAGUCUAAAGAAAUCAGACAAAGCUAAGAGAUGUUAAGUGGCUAGUACUAUAACCCUAUAUGUACUGUUGAUGAAGUUAGGUGCUGUCCUGAGCAUUAUUUGUAGCUAUAGAGUGGCGUUUUGGUUGAGCGCGUAGCUCUGUGUAUUGCUAUCGUGCGGUCGUUGCUAAAGUUGGUAUAACUAGAAAAGCAAGCGGCCGUCAACAUUCAUCUCUCGACGGUUUGUCUAACUUGGUGUUAGGGUGUUUUUGAACCUAACUUAAUUUUAUGCCAGAAUAUCCCUUUAAUUGCUGGAAGGACUCCAACUUUGCUAUAAAACCAUAUUAAGAGGUACAAAAAUGUGUCGUUUUACUGGGAUCUAUUUUCUUGAAUGUUUGCACAACACCAUAUUUUACUCCAUUGGAAAUCAGAUCAUAAUUAUUUCUUUUCCUGAUAGUUUCCAUAUAUGUUAUUUUCAAAAAUAUGAAAAAUAAGGGAGGAGCUGAGGGUUAGUGUUCCUUUCCAACACAUUUCAAUUACAUUGUGAUUUUAAAGGAUAAAAGAAUUUCAUACAAAAAAAGAUUUACUGCAAGAUCCGCUUACAGUUUUCAUCUGUUGCCUUUUUUAUCCAGGAACUUAUGAUGCAGUGUGCCGACGUAAACUCAAGUCUAACCUUAAGGAGAAGUACCAGUGUGUGUUUGAGGGGAUUGCAAACGCGGGAAACCCGGCCCCUCUGAAUCAGAUCUACACAGAGCUCUACAUAGCAGAAGGAGAGACAGAGGUCAAUGAUGAACACGAGGUCAGACAGAUUGAAAAAGCAUCCUGGAAACUCCAUCGACUCGAAACAACCAUCAAACAAGAAGACAUAUUUAAAGUCUCACCAGGAAGAGAAGUUCCGAUCAGAACAGUGAUGACCAAGGGAGUGGCUGGCAUUGGGAAAACAGUCUUGACACAGAAGUUCACACUGGACUGGGCUGAAGACAAGGCCAACCACGAUAUUCAGUUCACUUUUCCAUUCACUUUCCGAGAGCUGAACAUGCUGAAAGAGAGAAGUUUCAGCCUAGUGGAACUUGUUCAUUACUUCUUCGCUGACACCAAAGAAGCGGGAAUCUGCAGGUUCGAGGAGUUCCAGGUUUUGUUCAUCUUUGACGGACUGGAUGAGUGCCGACUUCAUCUGGACUUCAACAACAGUGAGAUCCUGAAAGAUGUCACAAAGUCCACCUCAGUGGAUGUUCUGCUGACAAACCUCAUCAGGGGGACGCUGCUCCCCUCAGCUCGCGUAUGGAUAACCACAAGACCUGCAGCAGCCAAUCAGAUCCCUUCUCAGUGUGUUGACAUGGUGACAGAAGUCAGAGGGUUUAGUGAUCCUCAGAAGGAGGAGUACUUCAGGAAGAGAUUCAAAGACAAGAAGCAGGCCAACAAAAUCAUCUCCCAUGUCAAGAAAUCACAGAGCCUCCACAUCAUGUGCCACAUCCCGGUCUUCUGCUGGAUCACAGCAAGAGUUCUGGAGCACGAGAUGAAGAUCAAGAAGAGAGAGCUACCCAAGACCCUGACUGAGAUGUACAUCCACUUCCUGGUGGUUCAGACCAAGCUGAAGAGCAUCAAGUAUGAUGGAGAAACUAACGGGAGUCCAGAGAACAGUGAGAUGAUUAAGUCUCUGGGGAAACUGGCUUUUGAGCAGCUGCAGAAAAGAAACCUGAUCUUCUAUGAGUCCGACCUGACAGAGUGCGGCAUCGAUAUCACAGCAGCCUCAGUGUACUCAGGAGUGUUCACACAGGUCUUUAUUGAGGAGAGGGGACUGUACCAGGACAAGGUGUUCUGCUUCGUGCAUCUCAGCGUUCAGGAGUUUCUGGCUGCUCUUCAUGUCCAUCUGACCUUCAUCAACUCUGGAGUCAAUCUGAUGUCAAAAGAAAAAACAACGACCCUGAUGCUAAAAACAAGAAAAACCAAAACUGCGGAGAGUCAUCUCUAUCAGAGUGCCUUGGACAAGGCCUUACAAAGUCCAAAUGGACACCUGGACUUGUUCCUCCGAUUCCUCCUUGGCCUUUCACUUGAGACCAAUCAGGAGCGUAUGCAAGGUCUGCUGUCUCACACAGAAAGUUCAGAGCCGACGCAUUCAGAAGAUCGCUCACAGACUCGAACAGAAACCAUCCAGUACAUCAAGACCAAAAUGAACGAUAAUCUGUCUGCAGAGAAAAGCAUCAAUCUGUUCCACUGUCUGAAUGAACUGAAUGAUUGCUCUCUGGUGGAGGAUAUCCAGUGGUCGCUGACAUACGGAGGUCUCUCCCCUGAGAAAUUGUCCCCUGCUCAGUGGUCGGCUCUGGUCUUCAUUUUACUGUCAUCAGAAAAUGAUCUGGACGUGUUUGACCUGAAGGACUACUCUAAAUCAGAGAAUGCUCUACUGAGGAUGCUGCCUGUGAUUAAAGCCUCAAAUAAAGCCCUGUACGUGUACACAAAACUGUCCAGAUUAAAAAAAAGUUCUUCUUAAAGGGAUAUUCCGGCGUAAAAUUAAUUUAUGGUCAAACACACUGUAACACCAAGUUAGACACCCCGUUGAGAUUAAUGUUGCCGUUCGCUUGCUUCUCUAGUCAUACCAACUUUAGUAACGACCGCAUGAUAGCAAUACACGGUGGUCCCAGGAGCCACACACUCAACCAAAACGCCACUUUGUAGCCACAAAUAAUGCUUAGAACAGCACCUAACUUCAUUAACAGUACAUAUAGGGUCCCAGCCACCAAACAUCUUUUUAACUUUGCCUAAUUUCUUUAAUAAAGAGACUAAACACAACUCAACUACUCCCUUCCAGCAGCCGCUUGUUUGUAGCAAGACCUCGGCCAGUCCAUUAUGGACUGCUGCUGGUGACGCAGCUCAAGGAAGAACAUUUAUGAUCAUUUCUUUAUCAUUUUCUUGAAAUAAUAAUCAUCCUAUUAAUUAUUUUGCACUGCAGACGAGGUAGUUCUUCUGCCUUAGCGUCUCAGUCUGAUUGCAUUUCCAUUAAGAAAUGAUCAUAAUGUUCUUCCUUGAGCUGCACCACCCCACUGUUGUCCAUAAUGGACUCACCGGUCAUUACUAAAGUUGGUAUAACUAAAGAAGCAAGCGGUCCGCAACAUUGAUCUCUCGACGGGGGUGUCUAACUCAGUGUUACGGUGUGUUUGACCCUAAAUUAAUUUUACGCCGGAAUAUCCCUUUAGUCUAAAAGAAAAUGCUAAUCCUUAUAAUGGCUUUUUUUUUCAUUUAAUUCAGGGCUAGCUACUGUAACCUCUCAGAGAGAGGUUGUGAAGCUCUGUCAUCAGCCCUAAGCUCCCCAUCCUGUCGUCUGACAGAGCUGGAUCUGAGCUACAAUGACCUAAAGGAUCCUGGGAUAAAGCUGCUGUGCGAGGCACUGAAGAGUCAACACUGUAGAUUGGAAACUCUCAAGUCAGUACAAAGCAGUGUUAAAAGAAUGAGCCUCUAGUAUGAAACUAUUUCAUCAACUUGUUUAAUUUUUCAUGAUUCUAUUUCAGGAUGACUUGCUGUAAGCUCUCAGAGAAAGGCUGCGAAGCUCUGUCCUCAGUCCUCAGCUCCCAGUCCUGCAGUCUGAAGGUCCUGGACAUAAGCAACAACGACCUGGGAGAUUCAGGAGUGAAACUCCUGUCUGAUGGACUUCAGACUCAGAACUGCAGACUGGAAACCCUCAGGUUAGUGUGCAACCGAUUGGAAAUGAUGAUCACGUGAACAGUCAUUUCCUGUAUUAGGACUUUUGAUUCCAGCCUGCAGCUCCUUUACUGCACAUCAGUGUCAAAUACUUCCUUUAGAAGUCAAAACGGGGGGUCUACAUAAGGGGCUGUUUUUGGGCCACAGAUGGUGGACCACCUCAGAGUAGCUGAUUGAUAUGGACUGUGUGUGUGUGUGUGUGUGUGUGUGUAGUCUGUCAGGCUGUUUGAUAACAGAGGAAGGCUGUACAUCUCUGGCCUCAGCUCUUCGCUCCUCCUGUUUGCAAGAGCUGGACCUGAGCUUCAACUAUCCUGGAGAAACAGGGGAAGCACUGCUGACUGCUCAGCUGGAGGAUUCAGACUGCAAGCUGGAGACACUGAGGUACAGAGAGCUCAUCCAUCAAUGUUAUUCCACUCUCUCUUUGACACUGUCCAGUGAAAUAUAGCAUUUAUACAUGCAAACAGAUGUCAUGAGAAGGAUCUGUAAUCACAGCGUUUCUUUCUUCUUCCAGGCUGGACCAUGGUGGACCACACAGAAUGAGACCUGGUCUGACGAAGUGUGAGUGUGUUUUCAAGGUUUAGUUUGUUUUGUGUGGUGUGGAUUUAGGUUUUUGAGAAUUACAGUUGAUCUCAAAUCAAUGAACAGCAUAAAGGAGUCCAACUAAAGUAUUGGUUUCAUUUAAUUUUUGCUAUUUUUUACCGUUAAAAUUGUAGUUGUGAGCUUUUAGCUGAAUGGGAUCAGUUAGGAUCAGCCAGAACAGUUUAAGUCAGCUGGAGGCUCACAGCUUCUCUGUGCAGCAGUUUCUUUAGAGAUACUUGGUGUUGUUGUUUUUUUUCUCUGUUAAUCUCAGCGCAACACAUUUAGACUGAAAUGGAGAGUGGUCAAACAUUUUCAGAGCUUGGUAUUUUAAACUUAAAAUGAUUUUUUUUUCAAAUUGAAGUUUUUAAUUCUCAAGAAAAUGUCUUUGUGUUGAUCUUCACUCUCUCCAUCAGAUGCCUGCGAGCUGGAAGUGGACAUAAAUACAGUCCAGAGAAACCUUGUACUGUCAGACAACAACAAAACUGUGGCGUGUGUGAAGGAGAUUCAGUCAUAUCCUGAUCAUCCAGACAGAUUUGAUGUCUAUGCUCAGCUGCUGUGUAGGACUGGUCUGACUGACCGCUGUUACUGGGAGGUGGAGUGGAAUGAGAGAGUUUCUGUAUCAUUGAGCUAUAAUAGAAUCGGACGGAAAGGAAAAGGUGAUGAAAUUGAAUUUGGGGGGAAUGAUCACUCCUGGCGCCUUGAAUGCUGUGAUGUUAGAGGUUACUCUAUCUGGCACAAUGAUAAGGAAACAAAAAUCUCCUCCUCCUUUGUCACUAAGAGAGUAGCAGUGUAUGUAGACUAUCUUGCUGGCACUCUGUCUUUCUACAGAGUCUCCUCUGACUCAAGGGGCCGCAUCCACACCUUCAACACUACGUUCACUGAACCUCUUUACCCUGGGUUUAGGCUCUGGGUUGAUUCCACGCUGUCUCUGUGUUCUCCAUAGGUUAGAAUACCACUGCUGACUAAAGAAUCAGCUAAAUCAUCUAUCAUCAGCUAUUUAAGUGGAAAUGCUGAGUCAGCAUUUCCUCUUCUUGAAAUGAAGGUCUUUAUUUUUCUUUCACCAGUCUUUGGCCCUUUUAAACUCUUUACCAGUUUGUGCUAUUUCAAUUCAAACUUUAUACUAUUCGACUCCCUCGGGACUAGUGUGCCUGUAUUUUUCACUUUUUUACCCUUAAUACUUUUGCAAAAUUUUAUUUUUCCUGCAAAAAUUUUUGCCACAGAAAUCAAUGUGUAAAUUUUGCAAUUUCGCCUAAAACUCUUCCACUUUCUCACCCUUUUAGAAGAUCCUACUUCCUACUACAUGUGUUGUUUCACUAUUUAUGAUAUCUCCUGUAGGUUUUUCUUAAUCGCAUUAGAAGAACUUUAAAUAAAAAAAAACAUUGGUCAUUUAAUCCCUUGAUCACUAACAGCUGUUUAGAAUGCUUUGAUUAACAAGACAUGGUCACUUACACACAAACACACACACUGACCAUGUGUGUGCGUGAGUCUUUUUCUGUGUAUGAGAGCUACACCUGCAUUUCUAUGAUGUUACUAUGGUACAGGUUUUUUGAAAUGUUAACAUACUUAAAAUUUCUUCCUUUUCUACCUCAGCUCUUCAAUAGGUUCUAUAUUCAUACAACUUCUCUAACCAGCUUCAGCUCUUUAACACUCUCUACAUUCAUAUGUAGGGCAGAAACUGAAGCGCACCACUAGUUAAUGCUGUUACCUCAUUAAAAGUUACCAUGGUUAGAUACUGCAGACUGCACAUUUAAUGGAGACAUUGUUAUACAUUCAUGUUUAGGCAUUUGUCUUUGUAAAGCACUUAAAGUGAUAAGCAUUUCUGUUUAUUCACUCUUUAAAAAAAAAUAAAGUUGGGUCUUCACUACAA